ACUUUCCGUUGCACCCAUCUUUCCUUUCUUUCUUUCUACCUUAACCUUCCUUUCUUCAUUUCAUUUCACUUGUUCAUUGUUCCCUUCGCCUUUCAAUCUAUCCAGCAGCCACCCGUUACCCACCCUCAUUUCUUUUACAAAAAUAAAAAUGAGCAGUGCAAUUAACACAUUCACAGUAACUAAACCUAACCCUAAAAAUGAGCUAUCUUCUUCUUCAAUGGAACCGGCUUAUCGGUUCGGUCCAUUUCUCCGCCCUUCUCGCAGCUCAACUGUACUUACUCUUGCCGUUUCCGCCGCCGGUUAUCCGAAACGGGGUUUAGUUUAUUCGAAUUACCGAAACCGCUCGAUUUUCUCGUUUGCGGCUUCUCAUGAGGACUCUAAGUCUUCAGAUAUUGAAGUAGAGGAGGAAGCAAGUAGUCUUAAAGAGAAAGAUGAAGAAUCCGAAGAAGCCUGGAAACAAACUUUAGCUUCUUUCAAAGUACAAGCAUUGAAAAUGCUGAGUGUUUCCCAGGAAGCUUAUGAAGUGUACUUGAAGAAAGCCACGGUAGUACUGAAGGACACCUCAGAGCAAUUGAAGAUCCAAGCAGAUAAAGCUAGUGAGGAUUUGAGUGUCAUUGCCAAGGAACUUGGUGAAGAAGGUAAAGUGUAUUUGUCCGCAGCUGCAGAGAACUCUCCUGAGCCUGUCAAGGAUAUUGUCGAGACCUUUGCUUCUUCAACUGAUGACUUGAAAGAUGUAUCUCAAGUGCUUGACUUUUAUGUCGGUAUUCCGUAUGGUGGGCUGCUUACUUUAGGUGGGUUUCUUUCCUUCAUGAUUACCGGAAGUGUUUCUGCUAUCAGAUUUGGUAUUAUUCUUGGUGGAACCCUUUUGGCCUUAGCUGUCUAUAGUCUAAGAUCCUGGAAAAAAGGAGAAUCAAGUUCCGUUGCUUUGAAAGGCCAGGCAGCCAUUGCUACAAUAUUGUUUUUGAGGGAUGUACGCCUGGUUUUCUCGAGGCCAGCAUUCACCAGAUAUAUUGCACUAAUAAUCAGUGGUGCAGCAUUGGCAUUUUAUGUCUAUAGAAUCACAUACUCUCGUGGACAGUCAACAGGAGAAUCAAGUUAUGAGACCAAGACAGAUAAUUAGGUCUAUGUUCCAAGGGUUAAAGUUGAGUGAUUGGCGGUGGCGUGAGCAGUUGUGCCCUUGUGUGAUGGUUUGGAUCCAGGAUUUGGUGUAUGCUGCUUUAGAUAUGAACCCUUCAGAUUCGAACCUGCACUUUUAAAGGCAUGCUAAGACCUACGAUCUUAUUGUUAGUUGUAGAAGUUUAAAUUUAGAGUUCAAAAAAGCAAUAACCUGCCUGCACCCACCUUUGACGCCAACAUGUCAAUUAAAAAAUAUUCCUUUCGGCAAACUAAGACUUGUAAUGGUUUCAAACAUGACGAUUAUGAUUGUUGUAAUUUAUUAUGUUUUGUGUUCCUCAAUGUAAUUGGCCUAAAGAAUGAAAAUCAAAUUUUGUUUUUGUUUUUUCA